AUGGACUUCGAAACCGGCUUUGGCUGUCAACCUGAGGUCCCAACCAUUGACGAACUAGAUGCGCGGUUCCGCAAGGUUGGAGUUGAUCUAACAGUGCAGGCCUGCCGAAAGGCUUUGCGGGACUGGGGUGGUGACCCAGACGAGAUCACGCAUGUUGUAGGAGUCACUGUAGGGUCUCUGAGCCUGCCCGGUUACGACUAUCUGGUGGCACGCAGGCUUGGUCUGGGCUAUCAUGUCGAGAACAUGUUUCUGAACGGUGUCGGCUGUGCUGGCAGCGUCGCCCUGAUGCGUGUAGCUGCCAACAUUGCCAUGGCUGCGACGUCUCGGAAGAGGCCUGCCCGUAUCCUCUGCUUUGCCUCGGAGGUCUGCACUAUGUAUCUGAGACACCAAUACGCAGAGGCUGAGGUGGCUACUGACAUUGAAAACAUGGACAUCGCGGGUGCCAUCUUCGGCGAUGCGGCGUCCGCCUUUGUGUUGUGUAACGAUGAUGGGUUGGAUGACCUCACUCAGGCCAAGUUUCAGCUACUUGAGUGGGAGCGCAUGACCGUACCAGAAACGAUACACCAUAUGGGCGCCAUGGUGAAGACGACUGGCUUCACCAGCAUUAUCUCCAAGCAAGUCCCGGAUAUCGCCAAGCAGUCAGUCCGUCCUUUAUGGGAUAAGCUUCUCCCAUCGUACCGCGAGAAGGUCGGUCAUCCUGAACUUGAAAUUUCCGACUUCGAUUGGGCCCUUCAUCCUGGAGGAGAAUCGGUCAUCAAUAAUGUUAAGGACAGCAUGGGUUUGGAUGACCAUCAGAUCAGAGCAACUCGACACAUCUACAGAACCAGGGGGAAUACCGGGAGCCCCACGGCAAUCUGCGUGCUCGAUCAGCUUAGGAAUAUGGGUGUAGGGAGCGAGCAUGUGGUGGCGGUCAGUUUCGGGCCUGGUCUAGCCAGCGAGAUGGCCUUUUUGAGACGCUGUGAGAUCGAUCAGUGA